AUGGGUCCCGCUACCGUUCGCUCCAUCGUAGACGUUGUCAGCAUCCUGCUGCUGGCACUCGUGCAAACCGGGACGCUGGGCUGGAAGCUGGACAACCGGAACAUCCUGUACACUAAUCAGGACAUCUCGUACGAGUGCCCCAUCAACACGAUGUGCCGGUGCGCGAGUUUACCCAACGAAACCGCACUCCUAGAGAUCAAUUGCAACGAGGUGUCGCUCUACAAAUUUCCCGAGUUUCUCCACGGGACGAUAAAGCACAUCGACAUGUCACGCACCUUCAUCCACAACGUGGACGACGAAACGUUCCAAGGGCUGCGGCUGGAGUCGCUCAAGCUGGUGGAUAACAAAAUACAGGAUAUUUCGGAAAAGAGCUUCAACUUUAUGCAGCACUCGCUGGUGUCGCUGGACCUGUCCGACAAUCAGCUACAGGGGUUGCCGCUGGAUUCGCUAAAAAAUGUCCACACCCUAAGCCGAUUAGUGGCUCAGAGAAACAACAUCCACCAUCUGGACGGAAAUUGGGGCGGACUUGCGGAUUCCCUGCGCAGCCUGCAUAUCUCCGGUAACUCCAUUUCGGAGGUAUCGUUCUACACGCACGAUGAAAAGCGUCAGAACCAUACGGCGCCCAACUCGCAGGCAUCCAUAAUCAACGCAAAACAAUUUGCGCAACACCCGGCCGUGGGUGGGCAGCCGGCCAGUGUUGCCAGCAGCCCACAGCAACCGGGCGUCAAACCGUUCGCGAAGCUGAAAAAGCUCGUCUGGUUGGACAUCAGCUCGAACCGGAUCGCGCACAUCAGCCCGAACACGUUCCCAAAGUCGCUGGUUACGAUCGAUCUGUCGAAGAACAUUCUCUCCCAGUUCCCGACGGCGUUUCUCGAGCAUCUGCACGAUCUGCGCGUUCUGUCGCUGAAGGAUAACCUGAUAGUGCGGCUUGAUGGAAGUCCGGAACUGCCCGGACCGGUGCGCAUCCGGUUGGAAAAGCUUGAUCUCAGCCUGAACCUCAUCGAGGAGCUUCCACCGCAGCUGUUCAAUGGCAGCGUGCGCAUAAAGGCGAUGAACUUCGACAAGAACUUUAUCCGACACCUCACGGCCGAUGCGUUUCACGGGUUGAACAUUGUGCACAUGGUGUUGGCGUUCAACUUUAUCGAGUCGGUUGAUGAGGCGGCGUUUGCCACGCUCGAGGGUAGCCUCGAGUACUUAGAUCUCGAGCGGAACAUGCUGACGAUGGUGCCGACGGCUAUCGGCAGUCUGAGUAGGUUACGUUACCUCUAUCUAACGUCAAACGAGCUGACAAACAUUCCGGAUCAACCGGCAGGAUUGCUACCGGUCACGCUGAAGGUUCUGUCGCUGAGUGGCAACAACUUCACGGCGAUCCCUGUCGAGAGCUUGGCGAACUGCACCGAGCUGUCGUACCUGAACAUGGGCUACAACAAGAUCGCCGAAAUCGAGGAAAACACCUUCGCAGGAUGGGGAGCUAAUCUGCAGACGCUGCUGCUGCGAAACAACAAGCUGACCAGUCUAAACUAUGGGGCGUUGAAUGGGCUAGACACGAUCAAGGAGAUCAGUCUCAGUUUCAACGACAUCCACUUCGUGCAUCCGGAUGUGUUUGACAACGUGUCCGCUACGUUGAAGAUCCUCGAGCUGUCGUUCGGGAUUUACCGCGAGGAGUACCCUGGUGAGGCGUUGGCCGUUUUGACGGAGUUGAUGUGGUUGGGGUUGGACAACAACAAUCUUAAAACGUUGCCUGAUGGGGCGCUGUCUACGCUUGGUCAGUUGACGUACGUCAAUCUGGCGUUCAAUCGCAUCGUCGCGAUCUCGCGAUCGCUGUUCCGUGCCGAAGCUCACCGCAACCUGGUCGAGAUUGAUCUGUCGUUCAACCAGCUGGAGGAUCUGCCGAGUGCGACGUUUGACAGCCUUGAGCUGAUACAGAUCAUCAACCUGUCGUCGAACAAAAUACGAUCGAUCCAGAAGAACGCCUUUCACGAUCUGCCGUACCUGACGUACGUGGACCUGUCGUACAACGCGCUGCAGAACGUGAGUGAGGGUGCGUUCAGCUUCCUGCCCGGGCUGCUGAGUGUGGACAUGAUGCACAACGAGCUGUACACGCUGUCGUUGAAGGUGUUCCGGCAAGUUUCGAAUGCCACCACACCGAUGCGGCUCAACAUUAGCAAUAACGCGAUCGAGUUCCUGGAUGGGGAUGUCAACUCGCUGUUGUAUGUGUAUUCGCUGGAUGCGAGCUACAAUCAGCUGCAGGACACGACAGUUUUUCGAGCGCUCGCGAUAUCGCUGCGGAUCCUUUAUCUGAACUGGAACAACUUUACUACGUUGGGAAACCACGCGUUCGGGGACCUGCAGAUACUGGAGAUCCUGAAUCUGGCGCACAACAACAUCAGCUCGCUGAGGCGACGCAGUUUCGCUGGGCUGACAAACCUGCAGGAGUUUGACCUGAGCCACAACCGCAUCGAGGGCUUGCAGAUCGAGCAGUUUUCCCCGCUGAAAAAGCUGCGUCUGCUGCGACUGAACAACAACCGAUUGAGGGCCAUUCCUCGAGAUACGUUCCUGAACACACGCAUCGAGUACCUGGAUCUAUCGCACAACCAGUUCAUGGCGUGGCAAGCGACGGCUUUCGCUGACAUCGGGUUUACGUUGCGCUCGAUCCAGUUCGACAACAACCUGCUGGAGUUCCUCGAUCCGUACAUGUUCACCAGCACGCAGUUCUUGCUCGAACUGAACCUGGCCGACAACCUGAUCAAGCUGAUCCCGGAUAACGCGUUCGCGAACCUAAACAACCUGACCGUGCUUGACCUGAGCCACAACCAGCUGAUGCCGAUCAACUUCCGCGAGCUUUUCGUGAACGUGCCACGGUUACGUGUGCUACAUCUGAGGUCCACGGGCAUUUACCGGCUUCCGUCCUUGGCACUGCUGCCCCAGCUGGUCACGCUCGACGUCAGCGGCAACAACCUGCAGGACAUCGACACGCAGGAGGAACUGUUCUACCUGCGCGAGCUGCACAUUCAGGAGAACAAGAUCAACAACAUCACGAACCUGCUGCGGAAUCUACCACCGGCUUUGCGCGUGCUGGAUGUGUCUCGAAAUCCGAUCCGCAAGCUGUCGUUUCACGAUUUUGCAUACACGCGCCGCCUCGAAGAGCUGCUCAUCGAGGACAUUAAGAUCGUUAACCCGGACGUGUUCAUUAAGCUGCACAACCUAAAGCGACUGCGAAUCAGCGCGCAACACAAUUUCGGGGAGUUGAUCUCGAAGUUACGCGGCCUACAGGAACUGUACGUGACCGUGUACGAUGAGCACCUUGGGGAUGGGUUGUUCACGUCACGUAUGCACGCCAACACGAAGCUGAACGUGGUCGAGAUCACCGGCCGUCGGUUGAUGUCGAUUUCGAGUAACGCCUUUCAAGGGCUGGCCCGCAACCACGACCUGAGGCUGCGAAUUCACAACACGAUGGUGAACGAUCUGCCGCCGGGCGUGUUUUACGCGCUCAAGUACAUUCCGCGGCUGAGCAUCGACCUGUCGGACAAUCUGCUGGUGGCGCUCGCUCCAGACAGCUUCUAUCCGAAUGCCAGCUCGUGGGAUGCCGUGGGGACGCGUAGCGUGAUAGGCGGUUUGGAUGUGUCGAACAACCCGCUUCAGUGCGAAUGUGGGCUGGUUUGGUUGGGCCACUGGCUACGGCGCUGGUUGCGAGAGACAGCACAGGUCAACCUCAUUCCGAAGGACGAAAUGAAGCAGAUGAUCCGGCGAGCGAAACGGAGUACCUGCACGGAUCCAAUGACCGGAAAGCGAUUGCCGUUCCUGGAGAUCUUCCCCGAGGAUCUUCUGUGCCACGCCAGUGCCCUCAGUAGUUUAGCGUUGAAGUUACGCUUCCGGUUUAUGCUGAUCUGCCUCAACAUGCUGCUCGUCGUGCUGCACAAAUCGCGAACGCUGGUGCUAUAA